AUGGUUUCAAAAAUGUAACUAAAGCUAAGACGGUUGCAUCUAAGAGUGAUUCUUGCAAGAAUGCGGAUUUAGAUAAUCAGUUGAGCACUGAAAAUGAAGACUUCACUGCUGCAAAUGAAUUAUGUGAAUCUGAUGGAUCUGCAAAUGAAGACCAACCUGACGUUGAAGAUUUACCAACUCCGGGUGUAUGUGUUGAUGAUGAAGACAAAAAAAGACGCACAGUUUCUAAUAGGUGUGAUUGCAAAGCACGUGUGGUGUUUAGGCUUGCAUGCAUGAAUGGAUACAAAAUUACAUUCUUUGAGGAGAGGCAUAAUCAUUCCAUGUCUUCCGCUUCUUCGAUGCCAUUCUUAAAAGUUAAUAGGAAACUUGACAUUGGUCAUCAAAUUUUUUUUUUUGAAUUGUGCUAAAGCAAACAUUGGUACAAUGAAAUGCUACCGAUUGUAUAAGGAAACUGUUGGGGGUUAUGCCAAUAUUGGUGCUACGUCCGUGGAUUUUAAGAAUUUUAAACGUGACUUGAAGGCUUAUUUAGUUGGUGUGGAUGCCCAAAUGUUGAUAGAUAAGCUAUUUAGAAAGAAAGAGAUCUGUUCAGCCUUUUCAUUUGAGUAUGAUGUUGAUGAGAGUGACCAGUUGACACGCAUUUUUUGGGCGGAUCCAGUGUGCAUAAAGAACUAUGCUUUAUUCGGGGAUGUUGUUUCUUUUGAUGCUACAUAUGAGACAAACAGGUAUAACAUGGUUUUUG